AUGGAUGUCCUGUUCGGCAGAAAUAAGAAGGAACAGUUGGAGCCCGUGAAGGCCACGGUCACAGGCCAGAUUCCUCCGUGGCUGCAAGGGACACUGCUACGCAACGGGCCUGGGAUGCACACGGUCGGGGAGAACACGUACAACCACUGGUUCGACGGCCUGGCCCUCCUGCACAGUUUUGCCAUCAGAGACGGCGAGGUCUAUUACCGGAGCAGAUACCUGAGGAGUGACACCUACAAUGCCAACAUCGAAGCAAACAGGAUCGUGGUGUCAGAGUUUGGGACGAUGGCUUACCCGGACCCCUGCAAAAACAUAUUUUCCAAGGCCUUCUCCUACUUGUCCCACACCAUCCCCGACUUCACGGACAACUGCUUGAUCAACAUCAUGAGGUUCGGAGAGGACUUCUACGCGGCCACGGAGACCAAUUACAUCCGGAAAAUCAACCCUCAGACCCUGGAGACCCUGGAGAAGGUCGAUUAUCGUAAGUACGUGGCAGUGAACCUGGCAACAGCGCAUCCUCACUACGACACAGCUGGAAAUGUUCUCAACAUGGGCACAUCCAUCGUGGACAAGGGAAAGACAAAAUACGUGCUGUUUAAGAUCCCGGCCACGGUGCCAGAGGCCAAGGAGAAGAAGAGCCCCCUGAGGGGCGCCGAGGUCUUCUGCUCCAUCCCCUCCCGCUCCCUGCUCUCCCCGAGCUACUACCACAGCUUUGGCCUCACCGAGAACUACGUUGUGUUCCUGGAGCAGCCUUUCAAGCUGGACAUUGUCAAGAUGGCAACUGCAUACGUCAGGGGCGUGAGCUGGGCCUCCUGCAUGGCUUUCCACCCAGAGGACAAGACCUACAUCCACAUCAUCGACCAGAGGACGCGGAAGCCGCUGCCCACCAAGUUCUACACUGACCCCCUGGUGGUCUUCCAUCACGUCAACGCCUACGAGGAGGACGGCUGUGUCGUGUUUGAUGUCAUUGCCUAUGAGGACAGCAGCCUCUACCAGCUCUUCUACCUGGCCAACCUGAACCAGGACUUUGAGAAGAACUCCAGGCUCACCUCGGUCCCCACCCUGCGGAGGUUUGCUGUGCCGCUCCAUGUGGACAAGAAUGCAAAAGUGGGCUCCAAUUUAAUCAAACUGACAUCCACUACGGCAACAGCCCUGAAGGAGAAAGAUGACCAAGUCUACUGCCAGCCAGAAUUGCUUUAUGAAGGCUUAGAGCUGCCUCGGAUCAAUUAUGCCCACAAUGGGAAGCCGUACCGAUACAUCUAUGCUGCCAAUGUGCAGUGGAGCCCAAUCCCGACCAAGAUUCUAAAAUAUGACAUUCUCACGAAGUCAGCCUUAAAAUGGGAGGAGGAGGGCUGCUGGCCGGCAGAGCCCCUGUUUGUGCCUGCCCCAGGGGCGAAGGACGAAGACGACGGAGUUAUCUUAUCUGCCAUCGUCUCCACUGAUCCCCAAAAGCCUCCUUUUCUCCUUAUUCUGGAUGCCAAAAGCUUUACGGAACUGGCUCGCGCCUCGGUUGAUGUGGAGAUUCACUUGGACCUCCAUGGGGUAUUCAUCCCGGACACAGACUGGGUUGUGAGACAGUAGGCACCCUCCCAGGGGGAGCAGGACAGGGCUCCAGACCGCCGGGGGGCCCCCGAGACUUGAUGGCGUUGGCAUGUGGGUGCUGGCGGGUGACUCAGGCUACAGGACCUGCAGGACUCCAAGCUGAUACCUGUCCAGAGGAGAGGGCCCUG